AUGGAUGACCUGGUUAUCAUGAGUAAAGAAGAGAAUAUGAUGCUGAUUAACAUUCAAAAAACAUUCGACACACUGCGCGGAGUAAGUAUUAAGCUAAAUCCAGCGAAAUGUUCUUUCGGCAUGGAGGAAGGAAAGUUCCCGGGUUUCAUUGUAACAAAAGAUGGGUUUAAAGUCAAUCCUAAAAAGGUGCAAGCGAUUGAGCGGAUGCCUUCGCCGUCAACAAUCAAGGAAAUGCAAAAAUUGGCUGGACGGUUAGCAGCACUCAACCGCUUCCUCGCCAAUCACGCAGCAAAGUCUUUUCCAUUCAUCAAAACACUCCGCAACUGCAUGAAGAAAAGUCAGUUUCAGUGGACUCCGGAAGCCGAAAGUGCGUUCCGAGAGAUGAAAGAUUGCCUCAUAAGAUUGCCAACACUAACAGCACCAGUGAAAGGAGAACCACUAGUGAUGUACCUGUCAGCAUCAGACAAAGCAGUCGGAGCAGUUCUGCUCGUAGAUCGACAAGGCAUACAGACACCAGUCUAUUAUGUGUCUCGCACCCUCAAUGACCCAGAAACAAGGUAUGCCAUAAUGGAGAAACUGUUACUAGCACUAAUUCACGCGUCAAGAAGACUGCGCAGGUAUUUCGCUAAUCACAUCAUUCAUGUCUUAAAAAAUUACAACAUCGGCAACAUUCUCGCGAGGCCCGAGAUAUCUGGAAGACUAGCGAAAUGGGCUAUAGAAUUGGGAGGCCACAAUGUGGUUUUUAGACCAAGGCCAACAAUUAAAGGUCAGGUGUUGGCUUUUUUCAUGACCGAAGUGCCUGAUGACAAAGAUAGAGAGUGCAAGGCAAUGGAAAGAGCAGAAAGGCAACAUUCGGAAGAACCAUGGUUGCUGUAUACAGAUGGCGCGUCUAACGAAGACGGUGCAGGCGCAGGGCUAAGGCUGGUAAGUCCAGAGAAACAUGAAUUCACGUAUGCCAUCCGACUAGACUUCAAGAGCACGAAUAAUGAAGCUGAAUAUGAAGCUUUCCUUGCUGGUUUGAGGUUAGCAAUCAAGAUGGGAGUCAAACACAUCGAGGUGCAUGUGGACUCCAUGCUGGUAGCAGGACAAAUCAAUGGCCAAUACGAUGCCAAAGGGGACAUAAUGGCGCUUUACUUAGACCAAGCAAAAACAUUGCUGCAAAGCUUCUAUUCCUACAAGGUGCAUCAUAUCAACCGAAGCGAGAACAAACCAGCAGACACAUUAAGUAAACUCGCAUCCACCAGUUUCCAGCACCUGGCCAAUGAUGUGCGCAUAGAAGUUUUGAGCAAUCCAUCGGUACCGCUAAGGCAAGUGAGUGUCAUUCAAUUGGGAACGACGUCUUGUAUGACUCCGAUAAUUAUGUAUCUCCAGUCUGGAAUACUACCGGAAAACAAAGCCGAAGCAAGGAAAGUACAGUACAAGUCCGAGCACUAUCAGAUGGUUGAUGGAAUUUUGUACCGAAAAUCUUACCUAGGACCGUUAUUGAGAUGCGUCAACCCAAAAGAUGCAAACUACCUAAUCCGCGAAGUACAUGAGGGCAUCUGCGGCAACCAUGCCGGCCCAAGAAUGGUAGUAGCCCAAGUCAUGAACGUCGGAUACUACUGGCCUGGAAUGCAUCUAGUUGCGGUAAAGGUUCUAAGGAAAUGCAGCGGCUGCCACAGACACGCCCCGAAAAUGAUGCGCCCCAAAAAUGAACUAGUCCCCGUGACAACGGCAUGGCCGUUUCUGUUGGUGCACUACAUCUGUUGA